AUGGGUUCCAAUAGUCCCUCGAGUUACACUAGAUCCUUCACCUACCUCAUGAACCAAACUGAUACACCUCAAACACAUUCGUUCUCUACCCAAUCACCUUCGUUUAGCACCCAAACACCUCUCUUUGGUACCCAAACUCCUCUGUUUAGCACCCAAACACCUCUCUUUGGUGACCAAACUCCUCUCUUUAGUAGCCAAACUAGUUAUUCAGCAGAUGAAGCUGAUGGUGUAGAUGAGAGCUCACCAUUGAGUUCACGGGAAGCGAGAAGACGAUGGUCAAACGCAGAAGAUGGGGCGCUGGUUACUGCGUGGUUAAACACCAGCAAAGAUGGCGUCACUGCAACUGACCAGAAAGCUGCUGCGUUUUGGAAAAGGGUUUGCAACUACUACCACGGGUGUAUUGCGGUGAAGGAUUUACCGCCACGCGAGUGGAAUUCUUGCAAGCAGAGAUGGACGAAAGUAAACAAGGAAGUGCAGAAGUUUUGCGGAUGCUUUGACCAGGCGAGUCGUCAAGCUACAAGCGGCCAAUCCGAUGAUGAUGUGUACCAGAUGGCUUACAAGUUCUAUAACCAGGAUAUGAAGACCAACUUCAUCUUAGAGCAUGCGUGGAGAGCUCUUAAAAACGAUCAGAAGUGGUGUUCUCUUUAUAGAGAUAAAGGCAAAACUCAAACCAAAAGAUCACAGCCAGCUGGUUCCGUAGACGGCGGUGUCAUGGAGGAACAAGUCGAAGAAAGACCAAUUGGUGUGAAGGCAGCAAAGGCUGCAAAGUUCAAGGCAACUAAGACGGGAAAGAGAACCACCGAAGAGAGGGAGGCUGCUAUGACUAACCUCCAAUCCGUAGCUGCUCUAAGUGACAAGCAGUUCGCUAACAAGCACACAUUAGCGGAUAAACAUUUCCUAGCUAGUCUCUUAGGAAGAACGGAACCACUAAACGACAUAGAGAAAGCGCUGAAGGAUAAGCUAAUUAGUCAGAUAUAUCAGUAG